CGCGGAGACAGCCUUACCUCACCAAAGUCGCCACAACUUGCGCAUCAAGGCGCUCCACGAAUCGCAGCUAUGUCGGACGCUGGUAGUGAUGCUGUGAAAGGUAUCUCAGAUGAUGAAGUUGGCCGUGCGACCGCGCCCAUAGAGAGCGAAAACGGAGGAACGCCGCGCGAUACAGUCGAGGAGAACGGUCUUGACGACGAGGAUGAUCUGUUCGGCGAUGGCGGAGAUGUAGAGGAAGAACCAGCAGUGGAGCAGCGACAGCUAGACGAUGAAGAGCUCGACUCCGGCGACGAUGAGGGACGCGCCGAUCGGGCGCCAGCACUUGUCGAGUACGAACAAGAGCAGCAGACACUGUCUUUCAUGGAGACAGAUAUCGCACGACAUGCCAUUCCAGAACCCAGCGACGGCGAGCUGUACCUUCUGAAGGUCCCGCGCUUCCUGGCACUCGAGCCAAACGCUUUCAACCACAAGACAUUCCAGGCGCCGAUUACAGACCACCACUCAAAGUUCGCUGCGUCUGAGCACUUUUCCGCAUACGACACUGCUAUGUCCACGAUUCGAUGGCGACGAUCCCCUUCGAACCACGCCGAGCUGCAGUCCAAUGCGCGCAUCUUGCGAUGGUCUGACGGAUCAUUCACCCUACAGUUCGCCAACGAUCCAACCACACAAUUCGAUAUCGACGCGAAUACACUCGCUCCACCGCAGGUUAAUCCUAGGAUACCCACUCCUACUUCUUCAAAGAGAAGCGCCAAGGGCGAUAAGGAAAGCUACACAUAUCUUGUUGCCCCCUACGAGGAGGCUCAGAUCAUGCGCGUGACCAACAAGUUCACAACUGCCCUCAAUGUCGUUCCUGCUGUGAACAUGAAAGAUGCGGCUCUCGAGAAAUUGCAGAAUGACCUGGCAGCUGCAGCCAGUCGUGGCCGCGACGAGGCUGAUCAGGCCAUCUCCUUUGUCAAUGUCGACGAAGAUCCCGAUCUUAUCAGACAACGAGAGGAGGCCACAUUCAAAGAGAGGCAGCGACAGCAAAGGGCAAGGGAGAAGCACGCUGAGCGACAAGCCGAGCGUGCGAACCGUGGAGUAGGAGGGCGCAGUGUACGCACAGCAGGUCUCAGCAUCGGUGAUCUGGAAGACGACGAUGGCGCACCGCGUGCGAGAAAGCCAAAGCCAAAAUCUGGUCUACGACGAGACUGGAGCGACGACGAGGACUACGGCCGCGGCGCUGGCAGAAACCGCGAGGACGAUUAUGACGAAGAGGACGACUUCAUUGCCGCCAGUGACGAGGAGCCAGAAAUUGUCGAGGAUGACGACGAUCCAGAUGAGGGUAUCAUGGCCAGCCCUAAGAGGAGGAGCGGUGACAACAACGAGGAUGAAGACGAAGAAGUUGUUCCCAGCAACCGCAUAAAACGGAGAAGAGUCGUCGAUGAUGAUGAAGAUGACGAGUAGGCACUCCCACGUCUUUAUCAUCUUGUCAGAAACAAAAUGUACUAUCCAUACCAUCUUUGAACAUCAGCAUAGCCAGGCGUCGCGGCAUUUCGACUUUUGGACCAAUCUAGUAUAUCCAGACAUGCUCUUAUAAUCCUUAGUCUUGAGCGGUGAGCGUGAUGUGCAAGUUCGACAGCAAGCGACCAAAUCUAACGUCGAACUAUCGAUGCUUCUGGGCAGCAAACACUGUCCCUUGAUCAGUGGAUGUCAUUAUGGCCUACAAAUCACCCGCCCUGCAUGUUUUCAC